AUGGAUACCAGACCAUAUCUUAUAAUGGAAUUGAUGAUAGACAGUAAUAAAGAACAGCUUGAUGCUAUUGAACAGGACGCAAAAGAAAAUGGUUACACAUAUGGCUGGGAUGAAGAUGGUUAUCUUGUUAUCACCGAAUCCAAUGGAGACACCAUAGCAUGGGGGUCAAAAUGGGAAAAGAAUGAUAAAGUCGAAGAUACCGGAUACGCAGCAAUGCUUGCAUGGACUUUGAAAGAUGCCCAAGAAUACGGUGAGAAGCUUAAGAAGGCAGGAUAUGAUCAGGAUGUAACUUCAAUGGAUACUGACAGUAUGUAUAUGUAUCUUGGAAGUAACGGUGAAUAUAUGGCUACUGUUACGUGGGGAGCAGGCGAUGGAACAAAUGGUGCUCUCAGCAUCAGCCAUAAAUAG